AUACUCUUUUAUUCACAUAUUUAUAUUUUGUAAAUCAAACAAAUCUUUGUUUAUACACAGGUGGUACACAACUUGUUACUAGUUUCCAAGGAAAUAUUAGUGUGAACCAGACAAUAUCAUCCAAGUUGCAAGAAAUCAAAUCAAGAUGUCAAUAAUAUGAUAUGAUAUACACUGAUUGAAUCUCUCCACACAUACACAAACACUUAUCCUCACUCUUCUCUACUUCAUUUCUUAGCAGCUUCUUUCACCAAGUAAACCAAGUUAACUCAACACAACAAUAACCAACCAUCGCUCCACCAUGGCCUCAACCACCAAACCAAUCCUUCCAUUGAAAGCUCGCUUCUCCAUGUCUGUCCUUGAUUUUUUCCUCUCCCUCUCUCGCCGCUCCAACGGCACCAUCAACCGCCGCCUCCUCAACUUCAUUGAUAGGAAAAUUCCUCCCAACUCCAACUUUGUUGAUGGAGUGUCUUCCUCCGAUGUUAUCGUGGAUCCAACACAUAAUCUUUGGUUUCGUGUUUUUAUCCCUUCCUCAAACUCAGUUGACAUUGGCGCAUCCCUCCCCGUGUUUGUGUUUUUCCACGGUGGCGGCUUCGCAUUCAUGUCUUUAUCUUCUACCCAAUACGAUGCUAUAUGCCGCUUAUUUUGUCGUUCAUUUCCCGCAAUUAUUGUAUCAGUUAAUUAUCGUCUUGCCCCUGAGCAUCGUUUUCCAUCCCAAUAUGAUGACGGUUUGGAAAUUCUUAAAUUCCUCGACAAAAACGACAACAUUUUGGGAAAGUUUGCUGACAUCACCAAAUGUUUUUUGUCGGGUGAUAGUGCUGGUGGAAAUCUUGCCCAUCACGUGGCAGUUCGGGUUUCAUCAGAAAAUCUCCAAAAUUUAAAGGUUAUCGGAUUGGUUUCAAUACAACCAUUUUUUGGAGGAGAGGAGCGAACCGAAUCCGAUAUUCGAUUGAAAAGGGUCCCAGUUGUUUCUAUGGAUAAAACCGAUUGGUACUGGAAGAUGUUUUUGCCAGAUGGGUCAAAUCGUGACCAUGAAGCAGUUAAUGUUAGUGGGCCUAAUGCAAUUGAUAUUUCGAAUGUGGAUUAUCCGAAUACCCUCUUGUGUGUGGGUGGAUUUGACCCGUUAGUAGAUUGGCAAAAGAGAUAUUAUGAGUGGUUGAGGAAAUCCGGAAAAGAAGUGGAAUUAAUCGAAUAUCCAAACAUGAUUCAUGGUUUUUAUUAUUUUCGAGAUUUACCAGAGACAUCACAUUUUAUUUCUAAAGUUAAGAGUUUCAUGAUUAAACAAAUGAUUGAGAACGGAGGGAAGACUAAUUCUUAACAACGCAACACAACUCAUUCCCUCUUCUCACGUCAGGAUUGAAGGCUUAUUUUUGUAAUUUCUUUUGAAAUCUUCUUGUAACAAAACUUAUUGAAUUAGUGGAACGAAAGUCUACUCUCUCACCAAAUGUAGGUCAUUAUUUGACCGAACUGGAUAAACAAUAUCUUGUGUUCUUGC